GGCGGGGCUGCCGGGAGGUGGUGUCCGCUUCCUUUCCGCGCCGCGGGCCUGCGGGCGGGCAUGGGUCACGUAAACAAACUACAACUCCCGGCAGGCCCCGCGCGCGGCGGGUCAGGGCUCGGCUGGGGCCGGCUUCGCGGGGCGAGCUGAGGCGGCGACGGCUGCGGCUGCGAGAGCCGGGCCGAAGCCCGCGGCGGAGGCCGUGGCUGGUUCCCCGGGGGUGGCGGAGAGGCGCGGGGGAGGAAGAUGGCGACGUCGGGGGCGAACGGGCCCGGCUCGGCCACGGCCUCCACGUCCAAUCCGCGCAAGUUCAGUGAGAAGAUCGCGCUACAGAAGCAGCGUCAGGCCGAGGAGACGGCGGCCUUCGAGGAGGUGAUGAUGGACAUCGGCUCCACCCGGUUACAGGCCCAGAAGCUGCGCCUGGCAUAUACUCGGAGCUCCCACUAUGGGGGUUCUCUGCCCAAUGUCAACCAGAUCGGCUGUGGCCUGGCUGAGCUCCAGGGCCCCCUUCACUCCCCUCUGGAUUCAUCUAGGAGCACUCGGCACCAUGGGCUGGUUGAGCGGGUGCAGCGAGACCCCCGAAGAAUGGUGUCUCCACUCCGACGCUACCCCCGCCACGUGGACAGCUCCCCCUACAGCCCUGCCUACUUAUCUCCACCCCCGGACUCCAGCUGGCGGAGGACGAUGCCGUGGGGCAAUUUCCCUGCAGAGAAGGGACAGUUGUUUCGCCUGCCAUCUGCGCUUAACAGGACAAGCUCUGAUUCUGCCCUUCACACGAGCGUGAUGAACCCCAGUCCUCAGGACACCUAUCCGGGUCCCGCACCUUCCAGUGUCCUGCCUGGCCGCCGUGGAGGUUUUCUGGAUGGGGAAAUGGACUCCAAAGCCUUUCUCUUUCAAGUCCCUGCCAUUGAGCAGAACUUACUAGAUGACAAGCACUUGUUGAAGCCAUGGGAUGCUAAGAAGCUGACCUCAUCUUCUUCCCGACCUCGUUCCUGUGAAGUUCCUGGAAUUAACAUCUUUCCAUCCCCUGACCAGCCUGCCACCGUGCCUGUCCUCCCACCAGCCAUGAACACGGGAGGCUCCCUCCCUGACCUCACCAAUCUGCACUUUCCCCCGCCUCUGCCUGUCCCCCUGGACCCCGAGGAGACGGCUUACCCCAGCCUGAGCGGGGGCAGUAGCACUUCCAACUUGACCCACACCAUGACCCACCUGGGCAUCAGCGGGAGCCUGGGUCUGGGCUAUGAUGCACCAGGACCUCACUCACCUCUCAGCCACCCGCCCUUGCAGCCCUCCCUAAGCAACCCCAACCUGCAGGCGUCCCUGCGCAGCCCCCAGCCCCAGCUCCAGGGCUCCCACAGUCACCCCUCGCUGCCUGCCUCCUCCUUAGCCCGCCACACCCUACCCGCCGCCUCCCUGGGUCACCCCUCACUCAGUGCCCCGGCCCUUUCCUCCUCCUCCUCCUCCACUUCCUCUCCUGGCCUGGGUGCUCCCCCAUAUUCUGCUUCUACCCCUGGGGCUUCCCCGCGCCACCGCCGAGUACCCCUCAGUCCCCUGAGUUUGCCCGCGGGCCCAGCCGAUGCCAGAAGGUCCCAGCAGCAGCUGCCCAAACAGUUCUCGCCAACAAUGUCACCCACCUUGUCUUCCAUCACUCAGGGCGUCCCCCUGGACACCAGUAAACUGCCCACGGACCAGCGGUUGCCUCCAUACCCAUACAGUCCCCCCAGUCUGGUUUUGCCUGUCCAGUCCCCUACCCCCAAGCCUCUCCCACAGCCCAGGUUGCCAACUCAGGCCUGCUCGGGGCAGCCUUCUGGUGGACAGCCCCCAGGCAAGCCCCCCCACUACGGGGCCCCGUGUGCCAGCUCCAGUGGGCAUGGGCAGCAGCUGUACCAUCGACCCCUGAAUGACUUUGGCCUGGGCCAUCUGGAGCACUUCAGCCUAGAGAGCCCAUCAGCCAGCCUGGUGCUGGACCCCUCUGGCUUUUCCGAAGGAACUGGGUUUUUAGGGGGCGAGGGGCCAGUGAGUGGCCCCCAGGACCCCCAGGCCCUCAACCACCAGAACUUGACGCACUGUUCCCGCCAUGGCUCAGGGCCGAGCAUCACCCUCGCAGGCAAUGCCUCCCCGGGUUUCUCCAAGGAAAUCGCGGCAGCUUUGGCUGGAGUGCCUGGCUUCGAGGUGUCAGCGGCUGGGCUGGAGCUGGGGCUGGGACUGGAGGAGGAGCUGCGCAUGGAGCCCCUGGGCCUGGAAGGGCUGAACAUGCUGAGUGACCCGUGCGCCCUCCUCCCUGACCCUGCUGUGGAGGACUCGUUCCGCAGUGACCGGCUACAGUGACCAGCUCUUGUCAUCGUUUGUGGCCUCUCCCUGUCGCUGUCCUCUCCCCCUCCCCCUGGCCAGUAGAGACUCAGCUCUGCCCCGGUCCUCUUUCUGACACGACUGAAGGAUCCCAAGAGCAAGGAAAGGCAAGGGCUUGGCCCAAGUAGCCCUGAAAUUCUGCACAAGGGGUGGGCCUGGGGGAGUUCAAGGGAGGGCCCAAAGCACUUGUAACUUUGAAACGUCUGUCUGAGGUCAGAGCCUGUUGGGAAAGCAGGGGUUGAGGGGAGCCCCAAGCAGGGCUUGUCCGGAUGCUAGGGGUGGCAGUGCCAGCCCCUCCUCACCACUCUUCCCCUUGCAGUGGUGGAGCGAGCCAGAGUGGAUGUUAUUUUUUAUUAAAUAUAUUAUGUUAAUAAAAAAAUCAAACCCC